UUAAAUUUAUAUAUAUAUCACUAUUAUUAGAUAAUUCAAUUAGUUUGAGUUCCAUCCAUAAUGAGUUUCGCAUUACUCAUUGUGUUACUAAUAUUUGGAGGAUGGGCAAAUUCUCUAGCCAUGUCUCGCACGUUGCAUGAAUUUGCCCUAAUCAACAUGCACGAGCAAUGGAUGGCUCAGUACGAACGUACCUACGCCGACGACAUAGAAAAGAACACUCGUUUCGAAAUCUUCAAGAGCAACCUCAACUAUAUUGAAAAGUUCAACCAGGAACCCAAUCGAACAUACAAGUUGGGUAUCAACCUAUUCGCAGAUUUGACUAACGAAGAAUUCCUUAGACACUUCACUGGUUUGAAGGUGCCUAUGGUCCCUUCAAGUUCAUCUGAGGAGUACACUUCUUUCAAGUACGAAAACUUGACGGCUGAUAAUAUCCCAACGGGCAUCGAUUGGAGAAACGAAGGUGCUGUGACUGAUGUAAAGAAUCAAGGACAAUGCGGAUCGUGCUGGGCCUUUUCGGCAGUGGCGGCAGUGGAAGGGAUUACAAAGAUCACGACUGGGAAUUUGGUGUCACUGUCCGAGCAACAACUAGUUGAUUGCGUAGGUAAGAACCGCGGCUGCAGCGGUGGAUGGACGGAGUAUGCAUUCGAGUAUAUAAUGCAAAACCAAGGCAUAGCCACUGAAACCAACUACCCUUACCAGCAAAGUCAGGAGAGCUAUUGUUACACUGGAAUUUCAUUAGCUGCACAGAUCACUGGCUACGAAAAAGUACCUCAAAACAAUGAAGAUGCUUUGUUGAAGGCAGUUUCUAUGCAACCUGUCUCGGUUGGUAUUGAGUCAACAUCAAGUUUACAAUUUUACCAACCAUCAUCUGGUAUCUUCACCGGCGACGACUGUAGUGGUAACCCUAUAAAUCAUGUUGUUACAAUUGUUGGGUAUGGUGAAGAAAAUGGAAUCAAGUAUUGGCUGGCUAAGAAUUCAUGGGGAACAACUUGGGGUGACAAUGGCUACGUGAAGAUCAUGAGAGGUGGUGAUUCUGCCCAAGGUGUUUGUCUUAUUAACACCUAUGCCACCUAUCCACUUGCCUAAGUAUAUUGUGAUUCUAUAGCUACCUAGUGGAGCAAUGGAACCUUUUCGUACUAAAUAUCUUUGUGUUUUCUACAAUUGAAAUUUCUACCUAUUUGCAUUUUAUAGUAAACGAUUUCUUGUAGCUAGUUCCUACAAGAAUUAAUGUUUCUAGUGAAGACACUUGUCAUAACUAGAACCUUUUCAUUGUGUUUUUUUUAGUAAAAAGCCAAUUUCAUAUUUG